UGAUCAAAUAUUUGUAGGAUCAAAAUCACUUGUAAGCUUUACAGGAAAAAGGGGGAAAAAAGUGAGGAUCAAGCAUAGAUGGAAAACAUGGGAGUUUUAGGCAAGGUGGUGGAUUACCUUCUAUUGUUAUCAUUCUUCAGCAUCACAUUAACAGCUCAGUUGGACAUCCCCGAGUCCAUCCUCCCCCACGCCUACAAUCCCUUCUAUCAAGUUUAUACCACGUUAACCCAAGAUUAUUUGGUGCUUGAGCAGCCUGCUUUUUUCAAGGCACUUAUGACGUUGGAACUUGUUUACCAACUCCCUCUCGCUUUGCUUAACAUCUAUGGGUUGUUAUACUCUAAGCCCUGGUUCAACACCACCUGCCUCCUCUUUGGUGCCUCUAUCGUUGCCUCUACGACAGCUAUGGUGGGAGACAUUCUCAAUUCCCAGAAGGCAUCAGCCAAUUUGAUGGCCAUGUAUUAUCCACCGUUUCUUCCAUUAGGGGUUCUGGCCAUAGUGCGAGGGGUGGUUGGACAAUCGAGCAAGGCUGCUCCAUCCAUUGGCAAUGGACCUUCGUCGGCUGUGAAAAAGAGGGCUUAAAGUUGAUCCCCGAUAAGUUUCAAACGUCUUCUUUAAGAGACCAUGCUAAUACAAUAAUAAGGGAGGGAUUCUAAUCUGUUUGAUCCGCAGCUAAAUAAGGAUAAAAAAAAAAAAAACGAAGUAGGCAAAUUACAAAUAUAUUAGCAAUCUAAUAGAAUUUGUAAUACUUGCUUAGGCUGCAUUUUCAGCUUGUUUUGUUUACAGUGUGUAGCGCAGUUUUUAAUGGCCUACUUGUCUUUGAUUAAUGCAAAUUUUAUUUAAAUUUGUA